GGGGGUGCGGGGGGAGGGGGAGGGAAGCGGAGACACAACAAACAUGGCGGCUGCGGCGGCGGCGACGACGACGGUGACGAAGACAUCGACGGCGGCGGAGGUGGAGGCGGCGGCGGCGACGGAGACGACGACGGUGCUUGUUCGAGGCGGUUGUCAAGAGACCUCUGUAGGGCUUUUCAAUUUUAGUUGAAAGUCUCUCGAUGGCCUUUUGGAGUCAAUUAGCAUAUUUCCAGAGUGGAUUUCAGUUACUCUACAUUUCAUCAAUGUUGGAGUGGAAAGAAAAAAGUGGAAUUGAUUUGGGUUGAAAAGGUAUAAGAAAUCAUAAACUCAGAAGGUGAAUAUGGGUGAAAAGAAACCAGAGCCUCUGGACUUCGUGAAGGAUUUUCAGGAAUAUCUCACUCAACAGACCCACCAUGUGAACAUGAUCUCUGGAUCAGUUAGUGGGGACAAAGAAGCAGAAGCUCUUCAGGGAGCUGGGACAGAUGGUGAUCAAAAUGGACUUGAUCAUCCAUCUGUUGAAGUGUCCUUGGAUGAAAACUCAGGAAUGCUGGUGGAUGGAUUCGAAAGGACAUUUGAUGGAAAACUAAAAUGUCGAUACUGCAACUAUGCCAGCAAAGGAACAGCACGACUCAUUGAGCAUAUUAGAAUUCACACAGGUGAAAAACCUCAUAGAUGUCACUUAUGUCCAUUUGCAUCAGCUUAUGAGCGUCAUCUGGAAGCCCACAUGCGUUCCCAUACUGGUGAAAAACCAUACAAAUGUGAAUUAUGUUCCUUCCGCUGCAGUGAUAGAAGUAAUCUUUCCCAUCAUCGUAGACGUAAACAUAAAAUGGUACCAAUUAAAGGUACUAGGUCUUCCUUAAGCAGCAAGAAAAUGUGGGGGGUUUUACAAAAGAAGACUAGUAAUCUAGGGUACAGCAGGAGAGCACUAAUCAAUUUGAGUCCACCUUCCAUGGUGGUUCAGAAACCAGACUACCUGAAUGAUUUUACCCAUGAAAUCCCAAAUAUCCAGACUGAUACAUAUGAAAGCAUGGGAAAAACGACACAGACUGGUGGCCUGCCAAGGGACCCACAAGAACUCAUGGUUGACAACCCAUUAAAUCAGCUAUCCACUCUAGCAGGACAGUUAUCUAGCUUGCCACCUGAGAAUCAAAACCCUGCAUCCCCUGAUGUUGUUCCAUGCCCUGAUGAAAAGCCUUUUAUGAUUCAGCAGCCCACCACCCCGGCAGUUGUUUCUGCUGUUUCAACAAGUAUUCCUCAGAGCUCAUCUCCUACAAGUCCCGAACCUCGGCCAUCCCAUAGUCAGAGGAACUAUAGCCCUGUGGCAGGCCCAAGCAGUGAGCGCAGUGCUCACACUAGUACUCCCAGCAUAAGUAACAGCCAGCCCAGCACGCCAGCCCCAGCCCUGCCAGUUCAGGACCCUCAGCUUCUGCAUCACUGCCAGCACUGUGAUAUGUACUUUGCAGACAACAUCCUUUAUACUAUUCACAUGGGAUGUCAUGGGUUUGAAAACCCUUUUCAGUGUAAUAUAUGUGGAUGCAAAUGUAAAAACAAGUAUGAUUUUGCCUGUCAUUUUGCAAGAGGGCAACAUAACCAGCACUGAUACAAAACAAUCAUAUCGUGAUUUUUUUGGUCUUGCUUUUCUAAAACUUCAUGUUUCUGUCAUCCUUAAUGAGGUAUUUACUAAUUUAAGAGAUCAUAUCUUAUGUUUCUAAAUUGUAAAUUUGACAAUGGAGACAAAUUUUUCUUGUCUGGUCAGGGUCAUUUAUGUGUUGGUGAUAAGGUAGAUGGUAUUUAAUUUAGUUUGAAGUCUUUUUUUUCUCUUUGUCCAGUAGAUAAGAAUUGGAGUGCAAUUUUAUGUCUUAUGAGCCUUCAUUUAAUUUUCCUACAUUUAAUACCCAUAAAUACUUUAUAUUGCUCAUUCAGUCUUCUUAGUAUUUCUAUUUACAUGUUAAUUUCAGCUUGUAGAAGUGAUUUUGGUACCUUGUAGCUUCUACCAUGUUCUAAAAUGGUGAUUUGUAAAAAAAAAAAAAAGUUACUAAACCAAACCACUUAAAACAUUUAGUGGGAGGGUUAUUUUAAAAUAACUUUUAAUUGACAACGUUAUUCCCAUGUUUUGAAUUCAAGCACUUCUAUCAGCUAAACUAACAGUGGCUUUAACUGGUUUCGGUUUAGGAAAUUGCCUUUUUGCCAAGGAAAAAAAAUAAUACGCAGUUUCUGAUGUUAAAAAAAAAGUUAUGAAAAAAUUCAAAUACCAUUUUCUUGAAAAGAAAAAAAACCCAGCAUCUAAAAUUAGUUUGAAAAUACACUGUUCACUUCCAUGAUAUAAAAUAAAUAAAAUUCCAUAUUUUUAUCUCUUUUUAUUGUUUUGGCAUGGGUGAAAAGGUGGUGUCCAAUUUCUAUUGCAUUCACACUGUUGCACUUUCAGUCUAUUAAAAAAAAUUGAGCUAAGCAAAAUAAGUAUUUGUUGGAGUGGGAGUACCUGCUAUUUCACAGAAGUGUCCCUGAAAAUGUUUUCUUUUAACAUUGUACUUUUUCAUUUGAAAUUUGUCCUGGUGUUAUAGGCAUCAGACAGACCAGAUAACUAAUAGGAGUUGCAAUUUCCUCCUGAUAAUUUGAUUACCAAAGACGAACAUCAGAAUGUCAUCCUUUCCAAUUACUUUUUUAGUCCUGGGAAAUAUGCUUCAAAAAGUUUUGGAGUUUUCUGCCCUUUCUUCUGUCCCUUACCUGACAAUCUUUUCUGAGAAAGUUACAGAAACUUGGAUGUGUAUAAAAAAAUUUAAUUUGAAAAAGUGGUCUAACAUAAAUCAGAGCUUAUUUAAAACCAGCCUUAAACUCUAGUGUAAAUUGUAGUUUAGUGCCAAUAUUUUCUUUGGAUUCAAGUUGUCAUGUUCAUUUGCAGGUUUGCCAAACAGCAAAUAAUAAUGAUGAUAAUAAUAAUUAUGCACACACACACAUCUGUGAAGGGCAUCUACAUCAGUUUGGUAAUAAAGACAGAAGGGUAACAAUGGGGAUAAAUUUUCCUAAAUUUGACAUUUGAUACUGUAAAGAUUAUAAGAACUAUAUAAAAGUAGAGUGAAUUCACUUAGAAGAGAAGGCUACUCUUUUCCAAUCACAUAAUUUAAAAAAAGAAAUUAGGUUGGUUAAACAAUUAUUGAUAAUUUUAAAAUGUAGUUUGGAUCUGAAAAUUGUACUACAUAGUCUUACAUAGAAAAUCUUAAUUUUUAAAAUAUACUUAUUAACCAAAAAGGACCUUUAGACCAGAAUGGAAAAUAUUGAUGCCAUUAGCUAACAAUAAAGCUCUCUGAUUGUGUAAGGUUAAUGGACUCUCCAGUCCCCACUGAGCUGGGAAUGGCUGGAAAACCAUUAAAAUGUGCUUUUGUGUUUAGCAUAAAUUAUAAAUUCAUCUCAAUCAAAAUAUUUCCCCAAAAUAAUUAUAAAUGCCUCUUCCUCUUAAAAUUUAAAGGUUUAAAGCCUCAGAUACAAAGAUUCUAUUUUGCAGUAUUACUUAAAUCUCUUAUUCUGAAAAUCAUUCUUUCUAUAGGAACCUAAAUGUAAGGCUUGUUUCUAGUAACUUAUUUUAGUGUAAGAGGGAAGAAAAUUAUUUGAAACAUUUUUGAAUUUUAAAAAAAUUCACCCUUGUAUGUCCCAAAAUAUAAAAUGGAAUUUUUAACUUCAAAAAAAUUGCUUGUGAAAUUCAGAAUAUCUAUAUUAUGUUGUCUGUGCCAAACAAUGACUUGAAUGUUUUUCUGACAACUAAAAGUAGAUUUUUAAUGUGCAUUUAAAAAUUAAAUGAAUGGUAGUUUUCCAGUUUUAUACUAGUAUAUAUACAAAUACUAAUAUUUGCUAUAACCUAAAAUAAAGAGCACAAUUGGUAUUCCAAAGUUAUUGCCUGCUUACAAGCUAAAUUUAAUUCUACAUGUGUUAAAUGCACUAAAUUGUUAAAGGUCAAUCUGUUAACUUUUUUUGUAUUAGUCUUAAAAUUUAGGAAUUUAUUUAAAUUCUAUACUUGGAAGAAUGUUAAUUCCUGCACUUAAGUAUAAAACACACAUUUUCCUCCCACUUUAUUUUUAAAAUGUCAAACAUUUUAUAAACAAAAUUUGUUGGAAAAAAAAUUUAACAUGCACUAUUUAUAGUACUUUAUUGUUAACAGGCAUUUUAAUGUUCUGAGACUAAAUUUAUUUUUGUUCAGUGAACAUAACAGUUUAGACUUUAAAGUUGGUAGAUAGCUUAUCUCCACUAAUAUUUUUUUAAGAAACUGUGAAGAUUAACAGGGAAAAAUUGUAUUUCAGAUUUUACAAAUGCAGUGUAUAAAUACAGCUUCUUGAAAUUCAAGCAAUGAAAUUUCUGUUAGAUAGUCCCAUAGGAUAUUUUCCCCUGCUGUUUCAAUACAGAAAUAGAUAUGUUGCCAUAAAGGUGCAGGAUUUAUGACAAAGGGAAUGUUAAAUUACCAAGAAAUUUUCAUAGUCAGACUACAUGACUAAUUCAGGUUCUGAGAAAAAUGUGUAUCAAAAUGAUAUCCUAUUACAGAAAAACAUUCCCUGCUAAAUAUUUUUUUCAUUGAGCAGUCUUAAGAGUCUAUAUGUGUUGUGUUCACUUUUGUUAAUAUGUAUUUCAAUGUAAAGAGCAUAUUUUGUAUUCAAAAGAUGAAACAUGAGUUAUGGAUGUAAGAUACAUUAUAUUGUGUAGUGAUUACAGAAAAAUUUAAUGCUGAACUCAACUUUAGCGCAGUUCAUGUUGUGAAGCUUUGCUUUUGUAAAAUACGAAUAAAAUAACGCUUUGUAAUGACGAAUAUCCUUUUUAAAAAAAAAAAACUAACCCAAUUUAUAGUUAAUUAAGCUCUAAUAUAGUGUGAAUCAGUAAAAGCAGCUUUACUAAGCAACAAUGUAGCGAAAAUACACUGUUCUGAUGUCUGCAAAGCACUUUAAGCACAUUGUUUUACUUGAGCCCCUCUGAGGGAGGUAUUCAGGUGAUGAAACUGAGGUUCAGAGGGGUUAAAUGAAUUGUUCAUGGUGACAGUGUCAAAGGCAAGAGUGAACCAAUCAAUAAAGUUUUAUUAAGUGCCUCCUAUGUGCCAGACACUGUGCUAAGCCCUGGGGAUACAAAGAAAAACAAGACAGUUUACAAAGAUACAAAGAAAACAAGACCUCCUCCCUGGAGGAGCUCGAAGUGUAAUUCUCCUUUUGAAUCUAAAAUCCUUUCCAGUAUCCCAUACUGCCUCAAAGUGACCUAAGUUCGUGGAUAAGUAGAUUGUUCUGGCUCUUCCCUUCCCCAAAACUAGCUAGAUGCUGACAGAAUCAAGAAUCCAUUGCAUUCUGGUUCUCUAUAAAAAUCUGUCUUCCCUUUAUGUUUAUUAUCUUUGUCCACCUCAUCUCUACUUUAAUUUGGGCAACUUAGGGGCCAAUGAGCAUCAUGGACAGACACUCCCACUAAUUUCCUAGGCUGCAUUUUAUUUAUAUAUCUUAAUUUUAUUUUGUGCAAGGCACUCCAGUGUUAUUAUCCUGGGCUGCUUACCCAGAGCAGAGCACUGUGCUAUUUAAAAAGCAACCCAGUUCCCCAAACCCUCAGUUGCUUGGCUGAGUUCACUGAAAAGCUCAUGAUGUAUUUUAAACAAAUUUUUCCUUCCUGAUACCCUG